AUGGACGCCGAGUUCAUGGAUCAGUUAUGGAGUGAGCGGCACUACGGAACACCGCUUGCCAUUAUCUUCAUGGUCCUGCCUACGAUAGCUGUCGGCCUACGAUUGUACGCAAAGAUCACCGCUCAUCAGCCAAUCGAGAUAAGCGACUAUUUCUCUAUUGCAGCUUGGGUGAACACGGCCGGCUUCUUCAUAUCAUUGCUGGUAGCUGUGUAUUUGCCGCCAUCUUUUCUCGACAACCCGGAUGGCAUUGAUGUGCCGGUGUCCAAGAUUACAUUCUCUCUAAAUUUGUUGUGGGCUGCGGCCUGCUAUUGCUGCAAGCUGUCGAUUCUUUGCCUUUACUACCGCCUUCUCAGCACGCCUUCCAGCACAUUCCGUCUAGCAGUCAAGAUCAUGUUUGUUCUAACAGCUUGCGUUGGGAUCGCUAGCAUCCUGGGAUUUCUCUUGAUUUUCCGAGAUAUGUCGUGGUGGUGGUCGACAGGAAUGAAGACUCACCCGAGCGCCCAGGCCAAUCUAAUCAGAAUGAACGAGGCCAUAGACAUCUUGUCUCUCCUCACGGACGCCAUUUUGUUCAUCAUGCCGCUGCCCGUCAUCAGAAAGCUGAGUCUUAGCAAGAGCAAAAGGCGACUUCUUAUUGGGCUUUUCUCGCUCGGAUUCUUGACCUGCAUUGAGGUUAUCGUUAGAAUCAUUACUACUUAUGGCUUCAACGGCGCUUUGGACGCCAUCCAGGUUCAAGUCCUGCUAAUGGGUAUCGAGCCAUCGAUGGGCAUUACACUCUGCUCAUUGCCCGUGUUUCUACGACUAUUUCGAAAAGGCCAACAGAAUUCCAGCGGUCGCAACUACGCUUCCGGAGAACGUGGCAACUUUUACUCUCUCGGCCCGGUUAGUGCGAAACGAUCAACACGAGAUCCCGAUGGAGCGUUAUUGGAUUCAACCCUUGGCAAGCCGAAACCAGUUCUGGUACAAACCGAAAUUACUAUACAUUCGUCACGUAGCGGAUAUAACGACUCCAUUGAAUCCCAAGAAGGAUACUGGAAAUAG